AUGUUGUCUAAAUUGUUCCUGUCUUUAAUCGCAGCCACUGCAGCAAGCAGUGAGUUACUGCCAAAUGCCACCUACGACUACGUAAUCGUCGGCGGCGACACUGUCCUUGUCCUCGAAUACAACUACCUCAAUGACAAUCCGGCCAUCCUCCUCCCCUCUGAUACCCUCAAUUUCGAUCCUUCUCGCUUCUAUAACAUAACCUCCCUUCCUAUCCCCGGUCUGCUCAAUAUCACACGCAACGUGCUUGUAGGCGCUCUCGUAGGCGGCGGGAGUGGUGUGAACGGCAUGUUCUUUGACCGUGGAAGCAAGAGCGAUUACGACGCAUGGGAAUCUCUAGGCAACAAAGGAUGGAAUUUUGCCUCUUUACUUCCAUACUUCAGAAAGAGUGUCACGUUCACGCCUCCUAGCGACGAAUUGAGGGACAGAUACGACUGGACGUAUGACGUAAAAGCCGCAUAUGGCGGCAAGGGAGACAUUCAACUCAGUUUCCCGCCAUAUCAAUUCCCUGGGCAAGAAUAUGUCCGGGCUGCGUGGAAAGAGCUGGGUGUGAAGAGGCCGAAAGAGGCAAGAUCCGGCAUUGGACCAAGAUCAGUGCUCGAGAAAGCUCGCAUUCCUAUCAAAAAGGAUUUGCCAGGUGUCGGAGCAAACUUCCAAGAUCAUCCAGCGGGUGGAGCAGUAUGGAAGUGGACGAAGAAUGUCCCUUCACCUGCGCAGGGCGACCUGGUAACCAACGCGACGUUCUACGCGGAAGCAAAGAAGGAGUAUGAGUCCUCCCGAACCGGCCCACUCACAGUCGCCAGAGGAAAUCAAGUUGCAUUUCUUCCUCUCAAGGUCGUCGCAGGAGAGAAGUGGAAGGGUCUUGUGGAUGCUACGGCUGCACAAGAUCCCACUCCGUAUCUCCCCUCUACGUAUGAAUCAACACUCAUCGCGGGAUUUAAAGCCCAACAAGUGCUUACAGCUAAGCUGCUCGCACGAGACGACAGCGCAGCAUACGAGAUUCUGAUCGGCGUUGGUCCUGCCGGCAGCGGCGCGUUGGAGCGUUCCCUCAGCCGUGGCACUAUCAACAUCAAUACGACAAGUCCAUUGAGCGAACCUGUGGUCGACUACCGUACUUUCUCCAACCCGCUUGACAUAGAAUUGGCCAUCUCGCUAGUGCAAUUCAGUCGCAAGUUCAACAGUCUGAACGCCUUUGCCAGUCUUGGUGCCGUGGAAGUUGCGCCGGGUAUGAAUGUGACGAGCGAUGCAGAUAUCGCUACUUUCUUGCUUUAUGCUGUUGCAGAGAAGGCAGCUGAUUUGAUUAAGGAGAGAACAAAGUGGUAA